UACUAUACUAUCAUCAUCAUUUAUAAACAGAUCAAGUGUGACAGUCUGAGAUCUAAUCUAGAGAAUCUAGCUAGAUCUAGAUUCUAUUCUAGUUCUAGAUCAUCAUCUUGAGAUUCUACAGUAACAGUACACUACUACACUACAUGCUAGUACAUAGGGUCAUAGGCCUAUAUCAGUAAUCUCUAGGUCUACUACUACUACAGUCUACUACACAUCUAAUUCUAGAUCUUACUAAACUAAGUGCACACUCUCAAAAUCUAGGCUAAAUCUAGACUAGAUCUAGACUCUAGUAGAAAUCGAGCAGAGAAUGAAUCUGGAGCAGACUGAGUCUAUUUUAGAGGAUUUAGCAAAUGAAUUUGACUUGUUUGGUGAAAGGGUCAACGAAGAUGAAUUAAAAAAAAUGCUGGAGCUGUCCUUGAGUUAUCACAUCGAUGCUAAUUGCAUUGUCAAUAACUGGAUGGCAUUUUCUUCCUCCAGGAAAAUGGAACUUACUUUGGAAAACCUACAAUUAUUUGAUAGAGAGUGGCUGCCCAAAAAGGUUUCCACCCCAAAAACUCCAAAGCAAAAGCUGAUGUCAAGAAUUGCAGUAGAUUCCACCAACUGCAUGAAUGAAGAGCAGCUGGACAUGAUUGGAUCCUAUGCCACACCAGAGGAGAAAAAGCAGAUAGCGCAGAUGAAAAGACAUUUAACUCCAGAGGAUCAGAGUGCUGGACGCAAGAAGUUUGUUGCUGGCAACAGAGAUGCCAUCUUGUCUACUUCAGGAUCCUCACCAUCUACCAGAUCCACCACACCAUCCACCAGAUCCACCACACCAUCUGCGAAAUUUUCUUCCCGGUCCAAUGCAGGCGAUGUUGUUUUAACUUUUGGUGAUUCUCAGAAUGUAACCUGGCCAGGCCAGGGCCUGGGGGUGCCAGUCAAACAGUUGAGCUCUCAUACCCUCCAGGCUACACAAAAGUACAUGUUCCAAAAACUCUCCCAAAAGGCUUUUGUACUCAACGAUCAGAUUGAAGAGAUGGCAUCUAUCUUCAAAAAUUUACAUGGGGUCCAGGAGUUUUCACACCUCGCUCAGCCUACGCAGGACCCUGUGUAUGUUGCGGGCCGGGUGUGCUGUGACAGUGUGGGUAAACUCAACUGCCAGUCUGUUCUACUUGAGGGCUCACGGGAAUCUUCUGCUGGAAAAAGCAUUAGCCUUGACCUUUCUGAGCUGAAACAAUACAGUCUGUUUCCUGGACAGGUGAUUGGCCUCCAAGGGGUUAACAGUACAGGGAAAAAGUUUGUGGCCACACAGAUCUUACCAUCAGCAGCUCUGCCAUUUUCCCAAGAAUUACCAGAUGAGAUGGCAGCUGAAACAUUACGACUGAUCAUAGCUGUAGGUCCGUACUCUCCAAGUGAUGCCUUAGAUUUCUCUCCCCUUCAUGACCUGAUAAAAUAUAUUCAGCGAGACCGACCUGAUGUUUGUAUUCUGAUGGGACCUUUUAUAGACAGCAAAAAUCUCAUUGUCAAUGGUGGAGACUUGCACGAGUCGUACGAGGAAAUGUUCCUGAAACAGGUGGAGCAGAUAGGACAAGCCACUCAAAAUUUGGGCUGCCAGGUUGUGAUUGUAUCUUCUUAUCGUGAUGUCCACCACUACCGGUGUGUUUACCCACAGCCUCCCUACAACAUGCCUGAUUCCACUCAGCAGAAAUGUUCCCUAGCUUCCCAUGUGAGCUUUGCGUCUGACCCAGUUACUCUUUCAAUCAGUGGUGUUGUGAUUGGUGUGACCUCAACAGACAUCCUGUUACACCUUUCAAAAUCAGAAAUAUCUCUGGGCUCUCAGGGCAAGUUGGAUAGACUUGGACGUCUAGUGCAACACGUGCUGCACCAACAGAGCUAUUACCCUCUGUACCCACCUGUGGAAGAAGUCAACCUAGAUCACCAUCUCUGGGAGUUGUAUGCCAAGUUCAAGGUUACACCACAUGUGAUCAUCCUGCCCUCUGACCUUAAGUCUUUCAUAAAGGACAUAGAUGGCUGCUGCUGUGUAAACCCUGGACGACUGACCACUGGAACUGUUGGUGGAACAUUUGCUCAGCUGGUCAUCAAUACACACCACAUCAGGGGAUCCCCAGCAUCAGCCUGUGUUGGUCGAAUUGUUAAAGUCUGAUACUGGGGCUCCAUCUGUUAGUGUCUGAUACUGGGGCUCCAUCUGUUAAAGUCUGAUACUGGGGCUCUAUCUGUUAGUGUCUGAUACUGGGGCUCCAUCUGUUAAAGUCUGAUACUGGGGCUCCAUCUGUUAGUGUCUGAUACUGGGGCUCCAUCUGUUAGUGUCUGAUACUGGGGCUCCAUCUGUUAAAGUCUGAUACUGGGGCUCCAUCUGUUAGUGUCUGAUACUGGGGCUCCAUCUGUUAGUGUCUGAUACUGGGGCUCCAUCUGUUAGUGUCUGAGGGCUCCAUCUGUUAGUGUCUGAGGGCUCCAUCUGUUAGUGUCUGAUACUGGGGCUCCAUCUGUUAGUGUCUGAGGGCUCCAUCUGUUAGUGUCUGAGGGCUCCAUCUGUUAGUGUCUGAUACUGGGGCUCCAUCUGUUAGUGUCUGAGGGCUCCAUCUGUUAGUGUCUGAGGGCUCCAUCUGUUAGUGUCUGAUACUGGGGCUCCAUCUGUUAGUGUCUGAGGGCUC